CUCUCAAGGAUUGGCAUCACUUGAAGAAGUAAUCGACGAAUGAAAUGAAGUUUCUUGUUCUCGGCAUCGUGUUUGUAGCGACAACUGAAGCCUUACAAUGUUGGACUUGCCAAAACGCAGCAAACAACGAAGAAUGCUUGGCCACUGGGCAACUAAAGACCUGUCUUGAAAAUGAGGAAUCAUGCCAGACUGAGGUUCGAACCCUUGACCGAGGAGUUUUACUUUUUAAAAGAUGUAAACAAGGCCGAGCAUGCGACAACAACUUUGUGCAGAACCCCAGAGCUGCGUGGAUGCCCAGUCAAUGCAAUCACCGUGUACCAAGUUCAGUAUGUAGAUGUUGCUGUGACUUUGACCGAUGCAAUGAACCUGAGAUCGAUUGUUUGACUUCCACACAGACACUACCACCACAACAUGACCCUGCACCUGUUCCAACAUGCCAGCCAUUACCCCAUCCAAGGUUUGGACACAAGUUGUGUAGCCAUGAUGGGGUUAGCGAUUCUAUUGGUACAACAUGUGCUUUCACCUGCAAUCCUGGUUUCCAACUUAUUGGAACUUCAUCUUCAGUUUGUUUGAGCAGCAGUGGUAAUGAUGGGCCAGCAUACAAUAACCCAACACCUGAGUGUAAACCAACGUUGUGCCGACCUGUCCUGCGUCAACCACAAGAUGGUAGGUUCACUUGCACUCGAUCAUUCUUAGUUGGAAGCGUCUGCUCGUAUAUUUGUAAUCCUGGAUUUGCAUUGAUCGGACAACAACAACUUACAUGUGGAAAUGACAGGAAAUGGAGCGAUCCUGCGCCAGUAUGUAUGAGAAUGAGUUGCUCCCCUCCACACACGGAUCCAAUGAAUGGAGAUGUCGUUUGUACCGAUGGAAACAUGAUCGGAAGUCUAUGUGUCUUCACAUGCAAUCCUGGUUUCAUGUUACAAGGCCCCCCCACAUCUACAUGUGUGGAUGAUAAUAAUGGUGAUAUCUCAGCUGUGUGGGACCAACCUCCCCCCAUAUGCCAAGCUUCCACUUGCCCUCCUGUCCUCUCCCCCCCAAACAAUGGUGUGAUGUCAUGUAACAAUGGCAAUAACGUUGGCAGCGUGUGUUCGUUCACCUGUGACAUGGGUCAUGUGAUCAACGGGUCCCCGAGGUCAGUUUGUAACUAUGGGGUUGGUAUCGUUGGGGAAUGGAGCUCACCAGCGCCACUGUGUGACGCACUCAGUUGCAUAAACAGCUUAAUAGCUCCCCCUAAUGGCUCAAUGAGUUGCACAAAUGGUCAGCUAGUGGGCAGUGAGUGCUCAUUCUCCUGCAUAGAUGGUUACAGCUUGAUUGGCUCACCUAUGUUGACUUGCGUUUCGAACCCAAGUGAUGAAACGGAUUGGAAUGGGAGUCAACCUAGAUGUCAAUUCGAUGCUCCAAUAACGUGUGAACCCGUUCAUGUGGAACCAAGUCACGGCUCAGUGAUUUGCACCAACACCAACAUGGUUGACAGUUCAUGUAGUUUCGCUUGCAACGAGGGAUAUGCGUUGAUUGGUGAACCAAUAUCUGUAUGUGUGGGGGGACCAUUGGUAGCAUCAUGGAGCUCAGAGUCUCAGCGCUGUGAACCUAUAACUUGUGAGCCCAUCCAAGUGAACCCAACCAAUGGUAGAGUCACAUGCAGCAACAUAAACAACUUGCACAGUAUAUGUAGCUUUGUAUGCGACGAUGAUUAUCAACUUAUCGGUGCAACUACUGUGGUAUGUAACGACGAUGGAGAUAGAGAUGAACUUGGCGUUUGGAGUACAAACCCGCCUUCCUGUGCAAGAAAAAUGUGCAGCGAGGCCCCUCCAGCCCCAUCUAAUGGUUUCCGUGUCUGUAGCGAUGGUAAUUAUAUAAGAUCUCAAUGUGAAUACGGAUGUACGGGUGAUUACUACAGAAGGGUCGGACCUCUAUAUUCAACAUGCAUGGAAAAUAUUAAUGGGAGUUUAAGCUUUGAUAAUGAGGCUCCAGUUUGUGAACUAAACCAAUGUCGUAAGAUAGUUCGAAUUCAACAUGGAAACUUCCAAUGUACAAACCAGAACCAAGUGACAUCUCAGUGUUCAUACCAGUGUGACGCAUCACAAGGAUAUACUUUGUUCCCAAGGAAUUUCACUCAUAACACUUGUCUUAACGAUACAACAUGGAGUCUUCCAAGACCAUGCUGUGCCAGAAGUUGUCCACCGUACGCAGUAAUGGAUCUGGUUAUUGUGAUGGAUUCGUCAUCUUCUAUUCGACCAAACAACUGGAGAAAGAUGACAAAGUUUACAAGAGAUCUUAUUAGCAUGUUUGAAAUUUCACCAAACGUAACUCAAGUGUCCGUGUUUCGAUACAACAAGAACGUCGACAAAAACACCCAGAUUCUACUCAAGGACCAUCCUAAUAGUAAAGAAGAAUUACUGCAAGCAUUCGAUAGAAUUCCGUAUAAUGGAAGUGGAACACAAACCGGCAAGGCAUUGAAACAUGUACAUGACGUCAUACUUGCGGAAGGGAACGGGAACAGACAUGGGGUUCGUGACGUAGUUGUGACGAUUACAGACGGCAAAGCUGCAGAUAAUGUGACGCAACAUUCGUUGGAUAUUAGAGGGACAGGAGCAUUGACAUACGCCAUCGGUAUCCGCACUCCGGGUAGACGAGGUCCAGAUAGAGCUGAGUUGGGAGUUAUCGCAGGAUCCGAGAAGAACUUAUUCCUUCUUACAUCUGGUUUCGAAGGUUUUAACGAAGUAUUCGCGCGCCAACUUUCAUCCGAGAUUUGUGGAGAUCCUUGCGGCCAAGAAGCCGACGCGCAUCCAUUGUUUCAUUAAUUAAUACGUCAUAAUAGAACAAACACAUGUUAGGAACACUCGAACGUAAAACACAAUGCACUUCUAUUUGUGUGUUUUGGGUAUAAUCUAUUACAUUGAACGCAUGCGUUAACGCAGCGCAAUGUAGGUAUUUAUGUGUGUGUUUAACUUAUGACGCUGAACGCAUGCGUGUUGGGCGUCUAAGUUAUUACUUUGUUUGUAUGUCAUGCUUUUGAACAUACGCCUUUCCUUGUCGUCUUGCCAUUUGUUUUACGCACAGCCAGUGGAAUUUUGUAGCUGUACUAUUUAUAUUGUGUUGGAAAUAAAAUCUGUGAAAACAAAACGU